AUGGCUUCCGUACAGGUUCAUAUCUGUUGUGCACCCUCCGGAAGUGCUCCAGAGGAGACCAAAGGCUGCCUUCCCUGCUGCCACCAGCACUUCACCAGGCAGGGCAGCAGAAUGGGCAUUCAGCUGCCAUGGGGCUCUGCAGAGAUCGCCUUGAGUCUUGAGCAAGCUUUGAAUGCCAUACGAGGGCCAUCCAUUGGCACAAAUCCUUCCUGUUUAUUCAUGUGGGAGCAUUAUUACCCUAACUCUGUGUGGCACGCUUGUGUGUAUGUGUGUCCCAAGUACAUGAGGGCAGGAUAUGGCUGUGUGUGUUGUGUGAGCCCAGAUGUGUCCGUUUGUAUGCACUGGGCCAGAUAUCUGAACAUGUACUUGAGAGGUGUGUGCAUGUAA